CUCUUGUAUUAAUAUCAAACUUUUGGGUGAUGGAGGGGGUCAGUGUGAGCUCCCCAGUGUACACGGCGGCAUGUGGCUGGGAUUAAGAAAUUUCACUGUGGAUUAAAAUCUUUCUAUGGCCACUCGCUGAAGAGAGAGGCGUCUGAGAGGAGAUCCAUGGUCUCACUUAGCAGCUACAGGAUGCUCCAGGUGCUCCAGGGUCACAUCCAGCCGGCUGCACACCGAGGCCGCAAAACCCGCCUGGUCACCAAAGACGGGCGCUGCAACAUCGAGUUCGGCAACAUCGAGUACAGCAACCACUUUGCGUACCUGCUGGACUUCUGGACGACGUUCGUGGAGAUCCGCUGGCGCUUCGUGCUGCUCCUGUUCGUGGCCUCGUUCACCGGCAGCUGGUUCGUCUUCAGCCUGCUGUGGUACUGGAUCGCAAAGAGCAACGGGGAUCUGACAGGGCAGAACCGAACGGACGGACACGUGCAGUGCAUCGACAACGUCAACGGCCUCACGACGGCGUUCCUAUACUCGCUGGAGACUCAAACCACCAUCGGGUACGGGGGCAGGGCGUUAACCGGGCACUGCGCCGGCACCGUCGCUUUGAUCAUCAUCCAAUCUCUCAUCGGAGUCUUCAUCAACUGCUUCAUGUGUGGCGUCAUCUUGGCCAAGAUCUCGUUACCCAAAAGACGGGCAAAGACCGUCACCUUCAGCGACACGGCCGUCAUCUGCCUGAAGAAAGGAGUCCUGUGUCUCCUGCUUCGAGUCGCGAAUCUCCGAAAGACGUUACUAAUCGGCAGCCAGAUCUACGGAAAGCUGCUCAGGACAACGACCGCUCCCGACGGAGACACCAUCAUUCUGGAUCAGGUGGAUAUCGACUUCAUGGUGGACAGCGGCAAGGAUAACCUGUUCUUUGUUUGCCCUUUGACCCUGUACCACGUGAUAAACACUUCCAGCCCGUUCUACGAGCUGUCAGCGGACUCUCUGCCCCACCAGGACUUUGAGUUGGUGGUCUUUUUGGACGGGACUGCUGAGUCCACUAGUUCUUCCUGCCAGGUCCGAACCUCCUACAUCCCUCAGGAGAUCCAGUGGGGGUUCAGCUUCCUGCCCAUCAUCUCCCGCACCAAGACUGGAAAGUACCGGGUGGACUUCUCAAACUUUUCCAAAAGUGUGCGGGUCACAACACCACACUGCGUCCACUGCUUUGAGACGGACGCAGACCAGAGGAGCCACAACCAGGAGAACCAGGACAAACAGCAGAAGUUGGGCAUCGACAACUUGGGGUUUCAGGUGAUCGACAUUCACGACUCUAUGGAUGUCACUAAAAUGUGAGGGGAGAAGGGUGAGUCAGAAAAGAAAUCCUAUUUGGAGCAAAAGCCAGGUUCUCGUGAACAGUUCUCAGACUUCUGAUCUACUUUUCAAGAAGCUCAAAGUUUCAUUUGGCCCCUUGUUGUUCCCAUCGCGAUGUGAAGACCCACCAACAUUAGGCAAACUAGUGCAAAGACGUAUGAAAAAACAACAGCUGUUUCAAAUGCAAUCUCUGGAUUCUGACUGCGACGACUGGGUCGGUCUCAAGGAAGGGCCCAGAAGCUUAGAAGCCAGUGUUCGUUGGAAUCAGUCGUUGAUAUAAUAGUCAGUGUUUAACUUCAUUUUAGGUAUAUGAACUUCCCCACACUUGAAUAGCCUCAUCAUCAGGCUCUUACAACUGUAACAAAUGCGCUAACAGCCGAAUCUGGAGUUCUUUUACCUUUUCUAAUCAUGUAAAUAUGCCUUCACGGAGCUCCAGGGGUGCAGAAUUGACAGAUUAUCCAGGGGAUUUUAUACUCGA